AUGAGCUAUUGUUUAUUUUUCUACUUGACGUUGCUGUUGUCUGGCAGCAGCUGCUGCAGAGUGAACGGGGGCACAGCGGCACUGUGCGUCCUGGGCUGUUCAGCUCAGCAGCUCCCCGUUAACUCCACCCCCCGACAGAAGUUUGCAGCCUCGGCUAAACUUCCAGUUCCCCUCUACGGACGACUGCUCUUUUCCAGCCUACCAUCCCACGUAGAGGCCCCAUUUUCCAGAAUGGAGUGCCGUUUGGUAGUAGCGAUUUUAGGAGUUUGUCUCAUCCCUUAUGGCCUUUCGGAUGUGCAGCUCAGUAGUAAUGUUAUUCUCGAGCCGUAUGAUCUGCUGUUCGACACAGCGGUGGAAGCCUACUACAAGGGUGACUGGAUGACCGUCAUCCUGAACAUGGAGAGGGCGCUUCGGAACAAGGCUGCGAUCCGCAGGGUGAAGGCGCAUUGUCGGAUAACUUGUGCAAACCAGAGCGCUUUCGGAGAGCCUUUAUCCAGCAUGGUUUUGCCAAUACCAGGCGCUGGCUCUGUGGAGGAUCUUGGUUUUUUUCAGAAAAUUAUGAAAAGGGCUGAUUGUGUAAAUACCUGCGAAAGUGAUAAAAUUGGACCACCAACUAUCCAUAAAAUUACUGAAGAUGUGGACCUUGAGUUUAAGAAGAGAACCCCCUACAAUUACCUGCAAGUCGCAUACUUCAAGGUAUGAAAAGAGUCGACCAAAUGGGCCCUAUGCAUAACAAAUGUUCAGAUCUUUCAUAGUGAAAAGAGUUGACCAUAUAGGUUCUAUGCAUAAUAAAUGUUUAGAUCUUGCAUAGGCUUGCAAUAAACACAGACAGUAGCCUAUCCAAUGUUGUGGAUAAGAUGCGCCUGCAUCAUCUUAUUGCACUUUUUGAAGUGUCUACCAUGCACAUUUAUCACACUUGCAUGUGAAGAUAAGGGUAAUGUCACUCUUUAUGUUGUCAAAUUUAAUUCAAACUAACACCAAGAAGCAAGUCGUUUACUAUAAGUGCUCUGUUUUCCCCAACCCCCCAAGCCAAGCCGGCCGUGCCACGUCUCUAGGUGGAGUCUAGCUGUGUAGACAAUUUACGUCCUGACGCUGGAUUCUUCUCGAUUUUGGGGCUUGUCAUCAACAUGCGCUGCAGAUCUCAUUCAUGCUGCUGUGCCAUUCAAGAAUUUACUUAACUUUUGACAGAAUAGUCAUGUAUAUAUUUAUUUGUUAAGUCUGUUUAGAAACUGGUUAUUACAUUGUAAUAAGAGUAGUUAGACCUAUAAAUGAAGUAAAUACAUGUAGCCUAUAGGCUCUUCCUGAAAGUCAAAGGUCAUAUUCAUAGCCUAUUUACUAAUGUCAAUAGAUAUGAAAAAAAUAUGUAGGCCUAAUGGCUUAAAUAAUGGCUCCAAUGCAGCCGUUUUUAACUCAAUAUUAAAUAAUUUCUGGGUAACAAUUAAGUACCUUACUGUGAUUGUUUUCCAUUAAAAUUGUAGAAAAAGAAACAAAAAUUGCUUCUUAGCAAAGAGCAAUUUCUCAAGCAAUAAUUAUGACUGUCUGGGUGUGGUCUGUGUGGGGUCUAGCUGUUAUAGAAGGUUCUUCUGUACACCACAUACUGAUUUCAUCAGGCAUGGAUGUGCGCACAUCAAUGAUGCAAUCAUUAACGUAAUUAUUACUUCUAAACAAAAACACUUUUUGGGUUCUUAUAGGCUUACAAUGUUGGUGUUAUUGCUUGAACAGUCGCAAAGAUUAUAUUUGUUUGUCAUCUUUGUAAAAUACCUAUUUUGGACGCAGCAAUUGUUAGCUAGAAUGCUAAAGUCAUUGGCUGUAGGAAGAGCUAGCCAAAGAGGCAUUUUACUGGUUGAAGACAAAGUUGAUUAUGUUUUUAUGUAUAAUGCAGUUGAUUUGUGAUGAUGACACAAACAUUAUGUUAAGCAGGACAUUCAUACAAGCCUUAAAUUACAAUUAUAAUCCAAAAGUAGUGUGAAAUGCACUCAUUAGCAACAUGUAAAUAGAGGCUUUUUUUGCUGGCACUCUAUGGGAACUCCCAGUAUUAUCUAUUUUUUUGACUGCACUGGGCCUUUAAGUUAAAUCAAAAACUACAAAAGAGACAUAUGGCCCCUGAUUGUAGACUACUUACUAUAGUAUAUAGGAUAUUGACAAGUUGCCUGAAACAGCAUGUUGGUGAUUGCAGCUCACACAUUUCUUACACCAUUCCAGGGUGUCUUGCCUCCUGCCAGAUGGUAAAGGACUUCUGCAACUUGCAGCAUUUAGGGAAGCCUUUGGAGUCAUGUGUAUACAAGGGUUAUUCAACAGAUACAGUAUUCUGUAUUAUUUGUUGACUAAAUAGCUCUCUUCCCUGUGUAGAUCAAUAAGCUGAAUAAGGCUGUGGCGGCGGCCAACACGUUUUUCCUGGCCAACCCAGACCACAUGGAGAUGAGGCAGAACCUGGAAUACUACAGGAUGAUGUCCGGAGUACAGGAGGAGGACUUUAAAGACCUGGAGACCUGGCCGCACAUGGUGAGACUGACACCACUAAUCCCUAGUUAUCACAGCUAUGCACCAGUUAUCCUAGUGACAAUGUAUCAGUUAUCCCAGUAACAAUGGACCAGUUAUAUACCAGUUAGAACUGCACAUAGUCAAACUGAAACCACUUACCCAUUUGCCUACUUGGAACUGCCAAGCGUAUGGGACAGGGGAAGGGGCAAGGGACCUUAUUGGCACCAGGUUGGGGUAGGGUCCAGGGGUUGAAUUGGAAUGUGGCCGGGCUGCUGACUCCCUGCUUUGCUCUUUAUUAUAUCUCCCAGGCAGAGUUCCUUGCAGGGAAGCGAUACUACAGCUCAGACUCGUUCGGUCUGGCCAUAGACCACUUUGAGGCAGCGGUGGAAGAGUACUUCAGCGCAGACCAGGAGUGCCGGGCGCUCUGCGAAGGAGCUUACGACUACGACGGAUACAACUACAUGGAGUACAGCGCUGACCUCUUCCAGUCCAUGACAGGUGUUAAGACAGACUAAAUCCCAAAACAACCCCACGGUAACAUUUUGGAUAAAAGCUUAAACAUUGUACUCCUGUGUUUGCCCUGUCACUGUCAGACCACUACAUGCAGAUUCUGAACUGUAAGCAGAGCUGUUCUGUGGAGCUAGCCUCCACCGUGGGGAAGGACAAGCCAUUUGAGGAUUUCCUCCCUUCCCACUUCAACUACCUACAGUUCUCCUACUACAACAGUGAGUCUGAGUCCUUAUUCACUCUGCACCUACAUGCCUUUUUAGAAUCAGGAUGAUCUGCUUUCACAUAAAUCAGUGUGUCCUCUGCCUGGCUGUCUGCUCGUCUGUUUGUUUGAUGGCUCUAAUUUUCUCCCCCCCCAACCCCCCCAUUAGGUGAGAAGUAUGAGCAUGCCAUAGAGUGUGCUAAGACCUACCUGCUGUUCCACCCAGAAGAAGAGGUAAUGAAUCAGAACCUGGCUUACUACUCCGCUGUGCUGGGGGAGGAAAAGGCUGCAGCCAUAUCCGCAAGACAGGUACACACACACACACACACACACACACACACACACACACACACACACACACACACACACGCACACACGCACGCCUGCACCUUCCUACCUAUCCCUCAUCUCCAUCUCUCCUCGCUCCCAGGUGGUGAAACAGCACAUUCAGCAGUCCCUGUUGGAGAAGGAGCUGCUCUACUUUGCUUUUGAAGUGUUUGGAAUCACUUUUGUUGAUCCAGUAGGUUAACAUGUCUCUUAUCUUCUCUUGUGUCUCACUGUUUCUACCGGCAAGACAUUAUCACCCUGAUAGAGGACCGCUGUCAGGUGGGUUUUAGCAUGUGUGAUCUCACAUCCUGCCCCUUCCUUUGCAGGAUUCCUGGACCCCUGCAGACGUCAUGCCCCUCAAACUGAGAGAGAAGCAGAAGUAAGAGAAACACACGUACAGACUAGAAGAGGCUGCUGGAGGGAGACAUUGGAAGAAUGUCUCAUUUUAAUGGCUGGAAUGGAAAGUUAUCAAACAUGCUGUUCCAUUCAAGUCAUUACAAUUAUCCCGUCCUCCAAUUUAAAGUGACACCAGCCUCCACUGGUACUUACAUGCUCUCAAUAUCAGACUAGGAUCUGCUCCACAAUGUUUUAACCUUGUAACCUAUUCUUUGGCGCCCUCUGCAGGGCAGACAGGGAGACUGCGGCGAGGAUCACUGAGGAGAUUGGGAAUCUGAUGAAGGAGAUUGAAACUCUGGUGGAGGAGAAGAACAAGGAGUCGACAGAUAUUGCCAAGAUCGUACGAGAAGGUAUGAUUUUCUGAUAGCAUUCCUUGUCCAAAGGUUUUUGGAGGGUCACAGCAUGAAGUUUGGGAGUGUCAGUGGACUGUCUAGCACACUCUGACUGUGCACUGGCACUCUCUAUAUUCAUUCCCCCUGUCUCCCUCCCAGGUGGUCCUCUGUUGUUUGAUGACAUCAAGAUUACCAUGUCGUCUAAGCAGCUGAAUGGUUCUCAGAGGGUUCUACUGGAUGGAUUUAUCUCGGAGGACGAGUGCAGAGAGCUCACCCGCCUUUCUAAUGUAAGUGGGAGCCAGGGUCAGGGCUAGUUAGUCUGUCUGUGUGUUUAUUGUGUGUGUGUGUGUGUGUGUGUGUGUGUGUGUGUGUGUGUUUGCCAGUGUGUAUGUUGACUGUGUGUUGAUGGAGUGUGUGCUUCUGAUGGUCUGUGUGUUAAAACUGUGUGCAUGCUUCUGUCAUUGUGUUUGUUGAUGCUGUGUGUGUGUGUUUGUCUGUCAGGCGGCUGCACUGAAAGGUGAUGGGUACCGAGGCCUUCCCUCCCCACACUCCCCCAGCGAGAGCUUCCAAGGAGUCACAGUCCUCAAGGCUAUUAAGGUACAUCACUGACCCUACACACUACAGCCCUGAUAACCCGAACACCACCAGCCCAGCACUGCCAACCCUAACCCAGCACGGUCAAUUUCACCCAAACCCAACCCCCAACUAGUUUCAUCCCCUAGUCUCAACUUUAUCUCCAACCUAUCUAAAGCCUCAGCCUAAUGGCAUCCAUGUUCAGUUACCAGUGAGUUAUCUAUAAGAAAGCACCCAUUUCUGAUGAUCUUGUCCUGUUCUACAGUUUGGACAGGAGGGCACUGUGCCCCUGAAGAGUGCCCGUCUGUUUUUCGACAUGAGUGAGAAGGUGCGUAGGGUCCUUGAGUCGUACUUCCGUCUGGACUCUCCUCUCUACUUCUCCUACUCCCACCUGGUCUGCCGCUCCGCCAUCGACGGUGAGAAACUCCACUACGGUGGCCCUCAGGGGACAGUAUUGUUGUGUAUAUCAAAUCCAAGAUGUGGCACUUAACUCCACAUUAACCACCUGCCUGUCCGAGUAUAUAGACAAACUGUAAGUUAUGUUUCCAUUCCUCUGUCUGUACAGAGAAGCAGGCUGACCGUGACGACCUGAGUCACCCGGUUCAUGCAGACAACUGCCUUCUGGUCUCUGAGCUCAACGAGUGCAUCAAAGAACCACCCGCAUACACACACAGAGACUACAGGUACACACACACACGCACGCACACACACGCGCAGGCAGGCAGGCAAACACACCUUGCAUAUGCUUAUAACAUAGGUAUCAGCAAACAUCUAUUGCACUGGAUCCUGGACUUCCUGACGGGCCGCCCCCAGGUGGUAAGGGUAUGUAACAACACAUCUGCCACACUGAUACUGACCUCCUCCCUAUAGGCUGUCUCAUCGUUGUCGGUGAUCAGGCCUACCACUGUUGUGUCGUCGGCAAACUUAAUGAUGGUGUUGGAGUCGUGCCUGGCCAUGCAGUCAUGGGUGAACAAGGAGUACAAGAGGGGACUGAGCACGCACCCCUGAGGGGCCCCUAGUGUUGUUACCUACCCUUACCACCUGGGGGCGGCCCGUCAGGAAGUCCAGGAUCCAGUUGCAGAGGGAGGUGUUUAGUCCCAGGGUCCUUAGCUUAGUGAUGAGCUUUGAGGGCACUAUGGUGUUGUAGUCAAUGAAUAGCAUUCUCACGUAGGUGUUCCUCUUGUCCAGGUGGGAAAGGGCAGUGUGGAGUGCAAUAAAGAUUGCAUCAUCUGUGGAUCUGUUGGGGCGGUAUGCAAAUUGGAGUGGGUCUAGGGUUUCUGGGAUAAUGGUGUUGAUGUGAGCCAUGACCAGCCUUUCAAAGCACUUCAUGGCUACAGACGUGAGUGCUACGGGUCGGUAGUCAUUUAGGCAGGUUAUCUUAGAGUCCUUGGGCACAGGGACUAUGGUGGUCUGCUUGAAACAUGUUGGUAUUACAGACUCAGUCAGGGACAUGUUGAAAAUGUCAGUGAAGACACUUGCCAGUUGGUCAGCGCAUGCUCAGAUGUCCUGGAAAUCCGUCUGGCCCUGUGGCCUUGUGAAUGUUGACCUGCUUAAAAGUCUUACUCACAUCGGCUACGGAGAGCGUGAUCACAUAGUCAUCCGGAACAGCUGAUGCUCUCAUGCAUGCUUCAGUGUUGCUUGCCUCGAAGCGAGCAUAUAAGUGAUUUAGCUCGUCUGGUAGGCUUGUGUCACUGGGCAGCUCGCGGCUGUGCUUCCCUUUGUAGUCUGUAAUAGUUUUCAAGCCCUGCCACAUCCGAUGAGCGUCAGAGCCGGUGUAGUACGAUUCAAUCUUAGUCCUGUAUUGACUCUUUGCCUGUUUGAUGGUUCGUCUGAGGGCAUAGCGGGAUUUCUUAUAAGCGUCCGGGUUAGAGUCCCGCUCCUUGAAAGCGGCAGCUCUACCCUUUAUCUCAGUGCGGAUGUUGUCUGUAAUCCAUGGCUUCUGGUUGGGGUAUGUACGUACAGUCACUGUGGGGACGACGUCAUCGAUGCACUUAUUGAUGAAGCCAGUGACUGAUGUGAUGUACUACUCAAUGCUAUCGGAAGAAUCCCGGAACAUAUUCCAGUCUGUGCUAGAAAAACAGUCGUAUAGCUUUUUAUUAACCGAGUCACUGAUGCUUCCUGCUUUAGUUUUUGCUUGUGGUGCCAGGAUAACAACCUCUCCCUCAACAUGAUCAAGACAAAGGAGAUGAUUGUGGACUACAGGAAAAAAAAAGAGGACUGAGUACGCCCCCAUUCCCAUCGACGGGGCUGUAGUGGAACAGGUUGAGAGCUUCAAGUUCCUUGGUGUCCUCCAACAAACUAUCAUGGUCCAAACACACCAAGACAGUCGUGAAGAGGGCACGACAAAGCCUAUUCCCCCUCAGGAGACUGAAAAGAUAUGGCACGGGUCCUCAGAUCCUCAAAAAGUUCUACAGCUGCACCAUCGAGAGCAUCCUGACUGGUUGCAUCACCGCCUGGUAUGGCAACUGCUCGGCCUCCGACCGCAAGGCACUAAAGAGGGUAGUGCAUACGGCCCAGUACAUCACUGGGACAAGCUUCCUGUCAGAGGAAGGCCCUAAAAAUGGUCAAAGACUCCAGCCACCCUAGUCAUAGACUGUUCUCUCUGCUACCGCAUGGCAAGCGGCACCGGAGCGCCAAAGUCUAGGUCCAAAAGGCUUCUUAACAGCUUCUACCCCCAAGCCAUAAGACUCCUGAACAGCUAAUCAUGGCUACCCACACUAUUUGCACUACCCCCCCCCCUUUUACGCUGCUGCUACUCUGUUUAUUAUUUAUGCAUAGUCACUUUAACUCUACCCACAUGUACAUAUUACCUCAAUUACCUCGACUAGCCGGUGCCCCCGCACAUUGACUCUGUACCGGUACCCCACUGUAUAUAGCCUCCCUACUGUUAUUUUAUUUUACUGCUGCUCUUUAGUUAUUUGCUUUUAUUUUUUACCUAUCUAUUUUUUACUUAACACUUUUUAGAAUUAUUUUUAAUUUUCUUUUAAAAAACUGCAUUUUUGGUAAAGGGCUUGUAAGUAAGCAUUUCACUGUAAUGUUUACACCUGUUGUAUUCGGCGCAUGUGGCAAAUAAAAUUAGAUUUGAUUUGACUUGCAAGUAUCAUCAUGCACCACUGUCUUUAAGACCCUUCUCUUGUUCCUGUUGUGUUUUAGCGCCAUCCUCUAUCUGAAUGAUGACUUUGAAGGAGGUGAUUUCAUUUUCACUGAACUGGAUGCCAAAACUGUCACAGUAAGUGUCAAUAAAUGAUAAAGGUUGGAGGGAUGCAGAGUAUAAACAGUUGUUUCUCCUUAAUUUACUCUAAGGUAUAAGUUAAUUGAGCGUAUGAUGACUGAUGUCACUUCCCUGUGUUGCCCAGGCGGAGGUGCGUCCUCAGUGUGGUCGUAUGGUUGGGUUUGGGGCAGGGAAGGAGAAUCCUCACGGGGUGAGAGCGGUCACUAAGGGCCAGAGGUGUGCUGUGGCCCUGUGGUUCACCCUUGACCCCAAACACGAGGAGAAGGUAACACAUAUCAAUCAAUCAAUCCAUCUGGAGUUAUGUAUAGUCUUUGUUUCUAUCAUGCUAUAUAUUGUGAUGGGUUGUUUUGUAAUCUGAGGGAGGGCGGGAGCAAUGUUAAUCUACAUUUCAUCAGUUUCUCUUGCUUCAGUCUUAGCUAAUUUGUUUGUGUGUAUGUGUGUCUCCAGGAGCGGAUCCAAGCUCAAGAGAUGCUGAAGAUGUUCUCUACUCCUACGGACGCAGAGUUCACAGAGACAAAGACAGAGACCUCAGAGCCACAGCUCACACUUCCUGACCAGGCUGCGCUUCUUGGUCAAGCUGCACCCCCAGUACAGGAGCAGGCAGACAAACCAGAUUACACACCAGCAGAGAAGAAGCCUGAGGAACCAGCAGAAACAGUAAUUGAAAACCCAGCUGAUAAACCAGAAGAUAAAAAGGAUGAGAAGCUGACAGAGAAUCAGGCAGAAAAACACAUUGCCAAAGAGGGUGAAAAACCUAAGUUGAAAGAGGCAGUCAAAAUGAAAGCCAAAGCAGUGGAUGCAUCAAAGGCUAAAGCGACGACUAAAACAGCAGCUAAAGAAGGGGACAAAGCCAAGGCUAAAACAGCAGACAAGGCCAAACUAAAACCUGCAGCAAAAACAAACGUCAAACAGGCAGCAGGCAAAACGAAACCCAAAGCGACAGACAAAAAAGAGCAGAAGCCAGCUACAAAGAAGACAGAGAAAGCCCCUGUCAAAAAGGUUUCAAAGGACUCUAAAACUGACCCCAAAUCAGCCUCGGACUCACAGACAGACAAGGAUGAGCUGUGAGACCAACAGCACCUGUGACUUACUCUGUGGUGUCUCUUUUUCUACUGUUUGAAUAUAUUUGUUAAGGUUUUCUCUGUGGGUGUGCUGGAUAAAGAUAUUAAGUUGUUGAUGGAUAUUGUUUUGGAUGUUGUUUGUCUGCCCAAUAGCGGUGGUAAACGAACCAGGAUAAGGUGUUGUAAUGUAAGCCAUACCAUAAUACCAAGGGUCUGCAAAUUCACUCUGAUUGGCUGAUAUCAACUAACCAAUCAAUGAAUCAAUCAAAUCAAUGAAUCAACCAAUCAAAUUGGAUUUGUAUAGCGCAUUUCACAAAUACAUUUGUCACAAAGUGCUAAAUAGUAACCACAUUUAAAUUCCUAUCCGAGACUCAUGUGAAUAGAUACUGUUGUUUUUAUAGUGUUACUUUUGUGUAUGAUUUCGAAUUCUCUGUGCUAUUUUGUACUGAUUUUAAAUGAACUGUUCUUUGCCUCAGGAAUGGAAAGAUAUAAUCUCCCAACAAAAAGAGAGAAAAACCCCCAGGAAAGAACAACCAUGAACAAAUUAACUGUGUCUGAGUAGAGACUGAAACCUGGAUUCAUGUGGAUACAUUAAAUAAAAGUGCUGUUUUUAUACUGAAAAAAAAAUAUAAACGCAACAUGUAAAGU